GUACAAGGCUGUGCGUCGCUUUUUUGCUACUCAUCGCCGGAUUUUGCCAAUUUCUCCGGUAUUAAAUAAUAACCAGAGCAAUUUGGUUAUUAACCGGAGACUCACACCUACACCUGUUCCUCUUCAUCACUUACCUUGCGUGACCGCUCGCGUCUCCACCCUCAUGAAGAACACGACGUUCGAGUACCCGUUGGCGCGGCGGGAUGAAAGCGUCGUCGACGAUUAUCAUGGGACCAAGAUCCACGAUCCCUACCGCUGGCUAGAAGACCCAGAUUCGGAAGAAACCAAAGAAUUCAUAGAGGCAGAGAACAAAAUCACGCGGCCGUACCUCGACGCGUGCCCCGUGAAGGCCGACAUCAACGCGCGGCUCACUGAACUCUGGAACUACCCGAAAUACUCCUGCCCCUUUAGAAGGGGGGACCGGUACUUCUUCUUUAAAAAUACUGGGCUGCAGAAUCAAAAUGUCCUGUACGUACAAGACAGCCUGGACGGCGAGCCCCGCGUGUUCCUCGACCCCAACACCCUCUCCGAAGACGGCACGGUCGCGCUGUCAGGCUCGCGUUUCACGGAAGAUGGCGCCACUUUCGCAUACGGCUUAUCCGCUAGUGGCUCUGACUGGAUCACAAUACACCUCAAGGAUGUUGCCACGGGUGAAGACUACCCGGAGGUGCUGGAAAAGGUGAAGUUUGCAUCUAUGUCGUGGACCAAGGACAACAAGGGAUUAUUCUACUCUAGGUACCCGGAACAGACGGGCAAGACGGACGGGUCCGAGACGGAGGUGAACCGCGACCAGAAGCUGUGCUACCACCGGCUCGACACGCCGCAGGCCGAGGACGUCAUCGUCGUCGAGUUCCCCGAGGAGCCGCUCUGGAGGAUCGGUGCAGAAGUGACUGACUGCGGACGCUACCUGAUCGUGUCGCCUGUACGCGACUGCCGGGACAAUCUGCUUUUCUUCUCGGACCUCAGCAAGCAGCCCGACAUCUCCGGCAAGCUGCCGCUCACGCAGAUCGUGCACAAGUUCGAGGCGGACUAUGAGUAUGUCACAAACGAGGGGUCGGUGUGCAUAUUCCGCACGAACAAGAACGCGCCCAACUACCGCCUCAUCAAGAUCGACCUGCACAACCCCGCCGAGGAGAACUGGGAGACGCUCAUACCGGAACACCCAAGCGACGUAUUGGACUGGGCCUCGGCGGUAGACAAUGACAAACUUGUUAUUCAUUAUGUCAGAGAUGUAAAGAGCGUCCUCCAAUUGCACAGCAUGGGCACCGGCGAGCUGCUGCAGGCCUUCCCGCUCGCCGUCGGCUCCGUCGUCGGCUUCUCCGGCAAGAAGGAGCAGCACGAGAUCUUCUACCACUUCAUGUCCUUCCUCACCCCGGGAGUCAUCUACCAUGUGGACUUUAAGAAGCAGCCCUAUGAACCUACGGUGUUCAGAGAAGUAGCGGUAAAAGGAUUCGACGCGUCACAGUACGAGGCCAAGCAGAUAUUCUACUCCAGCAAAGACGGCACUAAAGUUCCUAUGUUCAUAGUAUCUAAGAAGGGACUACCGCAAGACGGGUCGAACCCGGCUCUGGUAUACGGGUACGGCGGGUUCAACAUCAACGUGCAGCCCAGUUUCAGCGUGACUAGGCUGGUCUUUAUGCAGCACUUCAACGGCAUCGUGGCUAUCCCCAACAUCCGCGGAGGCGGUGAAUACGGCGAGCGGUGGCACAACGCCGGGCGCCUGCUCAACAAGCAGAACGUGUUCGACGACUUCCAGGCGGCAGCUGAAUAUCUCAUCAAGGAGAAAUACACCAGCCCUAAACUCAUCACCAUACAAGGAGGCUCCAAUGGAGGCCUAUUGGUGGCGGCGUGCGCCAAUCAGAGGCCAGAGCUGUAUGGCGCUGCUAUCGUACAAGUCGGAGUGCUGGACAUGCUUCGGUUCCACCGCUUCACGAUCGGGCACGCGUGGGUGUCGGACUACGGCAGCUCGGACGACGAGACGCACUUCCGCAACCUGCUGCGCUACUCGCCGCUGCACAACAUACACGCGCCCACCGACGAGCGAACAGCCUACCCCGGCAUCCUCGUGCUGACGGCGGACCACGACGACCGCGUGGUGCCGCUCCACUCGCUGAAGUACAUCGCGGAGCUGCAGCGCGCCGCCCGCACGCCCGCGCAGCGCGCGCCGCUGCUGGCGCGCGUCGACACCAAGGCCGGCCACGGCACCGGCAAGCCCACCGCCAAGAUCAUCGACGAGCACACAGACAUCCUCUGUUUCAUGACGCAGACGCUCGGCCUGAAGUUUGUGAAGUGAGCGCCGCGCGCCAUGUUGCCCGAUAGUAUUAUGUACAUAGCGACCGCAGCCAGUUUACCUCGGGUCCCGGCAGGGACUGGUGAUAUUGUUACGCAUUGCUACUAUUUUUUAUGAAUAAAACUUUGUUUUUAUUUUUACAUGA